AUGGAUAAUACAAAGUUGGUAGUUGCUACAGCAGUUGGUGUAACAACUGCGGUCGCUGCAAAUUUAUUAAUCAAUUAUGUUACGGAUACUUAUCAUGUCGGUGAAGAUUCGGUCGUCUUUAACUUUGACAAGCAAGCAUCUGGUGGUGAUUUGGUUGCCAAAGUAUUAAAGAGUCAGGGUGUAAAGUUUAUUUUCACUUUGAUCGGUGGACACAUCUCUCCAAUUCUGAUUAGUUGCGAUCGUGAAGGUGUUCGUGUAAUCGAUGUUCGUCAUGAAGUUACUGCUGUGUUUGCUGCCGAUGCUGUCUCGCGUAUCUCUGGCAUUCCAGGUGUCGCUGCUGUAACCGCUGGACCAGGUCUGACCAACACUGUCACCGCCGUCAAGAAUGCUCAGAUGGCACAGAGUCCACUGAUUCUCCUGGGUGGUGCCACCUCUGACUUGCUCAAAGGCAAAGGUUCUCUGCAAGAUAUCGAUCAAUUCGCACUGCUAACCCCGCAUUGCAAGUGGACUAAACACGUCAGUCGUGUCGAACAAAUCGUUCCAGCACUGGAGUAUGCUUUCCACAUUGCCCAGUCCGGAACACCAGGACCGGUAUUUAUCGAAUUCCCCAUUGAUACUCUCUAUCCUCAGCCUAUUGCUUCUGGCUGGUAUCUCAAAUCCAAGCAGGACAAUGCUUCGAUUGCCAAUCGUGUUAUCAAUGCCUACAUGUCUUAUCAUCUCGGUCGUAUCUUUUCCUGUCUCGACAAGAAUAUUACCAUUCACAAGCCAGCGAAAAUCAGUGUUACACUGCCAUCUAGCUCAUGGGUUAGCAAGACAGUUCGUAUACUCAGAGAAGCACAACAUCCAGUGUUGUUGGUAGGUGCACAGGCUCUACUGCUUGGCAGUGGAUCGAUCAAGCCAGAACAACUUCAACUCGCUGUCCAAUCACUCAAUAUUCCAACGUUUACAUCGAAUAUGGCACGUGGACUGCUUGGUCCAACACAUCCAAAUCUCUUCCGUCAUUGUCGUGCUCAUGCAUUGCGUAAUGCAGAUGUUGUUAUUCUGGCGGGUGUCGUUUGUGACUUCCGAUUGAGUUAUGGACAAUCCAUCAACAGAAAUGCUACUGUCAUCUCUAUCAACAGAGACAAGACCGACCUUUACAAGAAUCGUUCACCCACCUACGCCUACAAUGCCGAUCCAGCCACAUUCUUGGUGGAGUUGGCACGUUCAAUGGAAUCUGCAAAACUCAGUUGGCGAAGCUGGGAGGACGAUUUGUCGAGACGUGACAUCCAACGUUCCAACGAAAUCAACGCCAAAGCAUCAGAGAAUGUUGAAUCGUCGGAUGGAUUCCUCAAUCCACUCGCAGUUCUCCAGAAGUUCGAUCAACUCUUACCACAAAAGUCAGUGAUGGUUGCUGACGGUGGUGACUUUGUCGGUUCCGCCGCUUAUAUCGUGCGUCCAAGAGGACCGUUGUGCUGGUUGGAUCCAGGUCCCUUUGGAACACUGGGUGUUGGCGCUGGAUUUGCUCUCGGUGCCAAACUAUGUCGUCCAGACCACGAUGUUUGGGUGAUCUUUGGUGACGGUGCAUGCGGUUACAGCAUUCCAGAGUACGACACAUUCGUCAGACACAAGAUAGCGGUCGGUGCACUCGUCGGAAACGAUGCAUGUUGGAUGCAAAUCAUGAGAGAACAAGCGGAAUCACUCAAGAGUGAGGUUGCAUGUAACUUGGCUUACACCAACUACGAUCAAGUCGUCAAGGCAUUCGGUGGUGAAGGUUUCAAAGUCAACACUAUCCAACAACUCACCGACGCCAUGGUUUCAGCAAAGACCUAUAUGGAUACUCAAAGUUUACCAGUUUUAAUCAAUUGCAUUAUUGCUAGAACUGAUUUUAGAAAGGGUUCCAUUUCUGUUUAA